GGAUUUAAGGGAGAACUACUGCCGAAAUCCAGACGGAUCUGAAUCACCCUGGUGUUUUACCACUGACCCAAACAUCCGGAUUGGUUAUUGCUCCCAGAUUCCGAAGUGUGAUGUAUCAAAUGAACAAGAUUGUUAUCGUGGCAAUGGCAAGAGUUACAUGGGGAAUCUAUCCAAGACAAGAUUUGGGCUAACUUGCUCCACAUGGGACAAGAAUAUUGAAGACUUACGUAGGCAUAUACAAAUAUUCAGAGAACCAGAUGUUAGUAAACUGAAGAAAAACUAUUGCCGCAAUCCAGAUGAUGAUUUUCAUGGUCCCUGGUGUUACACAGAUGAUCCUCUCGUUCCCUGGGAUUACUGCCCUAUUUCUCGAUGUGAAGGUGAUACAACUCCUGCUACAACCAGCUUGGAUGAUACUGUCAUUCCUUGUGCCUCAACAAAACAUUUGAGAGUUGUAAAUGGAAUCCCAACACAAACUAACGAAGGAUGGGUGGUUAGUUUGACAUACAGGAAUAAACAUAUCUGUGGAGGUACUUUGAUAAAGGAAGAGUGGGUUCUAACAGCAAGGCAGUGUUUCCCUUCUCGGUACAAAGAUUUGAAAGACUACAAAGCCUGGCUUGGAGUCCAUAAUAUCAAAGGAAAGGGAGAGGAGAAGCAUAGACAAGUUCUGAAUAUCUCCCAGUUGGUAUAUGGCCCCACGGGGUCAGAUUUGGUCUUACUGAAACUUAGCAGACCUGCCAUAUUGACAAAUUUUGUAGAAAUAAUCCGAUUGCCCAUUUCUGGAUGUACCAUUCCAGAGAAGACCAGUUGCAGUGUUUAUGGAUGGGGAUACACUGGAUUAAUUAACUAUGAUGGCCUUCUCCGCGUAGCAAACCUGUUUAUUUUGGGAAAUGAGAAAUGCAACCAAUAUCUCAAAGGGAAGAUCACUGUGAAUGAGUCAGAAAUCUGCGCUGUGGCUGAAACCAUCGGUGCUGGGCCUUGUGAGCGAGAUUAUGGUGGUCCCUUGGUUUGUGAACAAAACAGGCUGAAGAUAGUAGUUGGUGUCAUUGUUCCUGGCCGUGGAUGUGCCAUUCGAAAUCGUCCUGGGAUUUUUGUUCGGGUCUCAUAUUACUCCCGGUGGAUACACAAGAUUAUGAUGACCUACAGAAAACCCUGAAAAACUCAACAACUUCCAUUCAAAGAAAGAUUUUGGACAGCAUGGAAUUAAUGUGUAAUGUAAAGAUCAACAAUUUUUUAAGUACUUGAUAGUCAAGUUUCUUGAGCUUCUUUUAAUAUUUAUGGGUGUUUUUGGUGUUUUUGUCUAUCAGUGUUGUUUUAAAAAUGUUGGAGUGACUUACAGUAUAUGCAAGUAUGGUGACAUAUCUCCUGAAGAUACUUGAAUGGGUAAACAAUUUUGCAAAGAUAUUAUUACUGGAUGAUAAAUGGUUUUGUAGAAAUAGAUCAUAUGACCUCUUUUAUGCUGCUCUUCAGAUUAUCUUAGAAGGAGAAACAAAUUAUAGUUUUAUUUUACACAUUUUAUUCUUUCUAUGAGCCAUAUAUUUCUCUUCAUAUACGACAAAAGACCUACUGAGAGAUAUAUGCAUCUGUCAAGGACAGCAUAUAUGAUCAUAUUUCUCUUCCCCCUUAUAAGAGGUCAAAAUGUCAAUAUUUCAUUAAAAAUAAUCUCUUUAGAAAUUAGUCUUUUCAUUACUGAUCGACUUUGACAAGCCUGCCAUAAGCAGAGUUCUCAUAGAAGUCAAUAUAUCUUCCUUUUACACAGUGCUUAUAGACUCUAGUUCUGCACUUGGUUCCUUCAGUGUGUAUGUGGUCCCCUAACAGAUAUCUCAAAACCCCUUUUGCAUGAGGGAAGAGACAUAGAAAUGGACUGGUUAGCAAAUUAUUGUGCAUUUGUUUAAUAUUAGUCCCAGAAAUAACUGUGAAUUUACAGUGCUACAGAGAGUAUUUCAUAUAGCUUGAAAAAUUAAUCCCGAUUAGCUACUGUGAGACUUUGGUCAUUGAAAGAAAUUUUAAUCAAAUAUGCCCAAAUUUUUCUCAACAGACAAGUGUUAAAAGUUCAGUUGAUUUGAGUUAUUUCAUGAAAGUACCUCUGUAUUUACAGCAGG